AUGAGAUUGCCAAAAGCUCAUAAAUCUAGAGGUGGAAUACCAUUUGAUCACGGCAUAGAUAAUACUGUUGGUCAUAGCGGCUCUGACAACAACAAUAGUCAUGGUACAAUUAAUACAUCAUUCACAUCACAAUCAUCGACAUAUGAUGGAGAUUUAAAUCCUGUUAGUCAAACGAUAACGGUAUCAAAUAAUGAGCCAGAAAUUAAUUCACUCUCUGAGGAAGAAUUACGAGAAAGAUUCAAAACAAUUAUGGAUGAUUUAUUCACGGGAAAUGAAACAAAAAAGCGUACAUUUGAACAAAUGAGUGUGCAACAUAUGAGAGCAAUGCUAAUCUCGCAUUCUAAUCUUGCAGCAAAUGAAAUGAGCGGUCAAAAUGCACCAGAGGUACAAAUCAAUUUUUUGAACAGUAUUUCGAUUGACAACCUUCCAAAACAUAGUAAAGAUAUUUUUGAUAAAGUGGCAUUUUCAUUAAAAAAAUAUGGACUAAAAUGGAGUAAAAUAUUUGGUGAAAAUAAUCGUGGACCAAACUCAUUGUGUUCAGCUCUAAACAUAUUUAUUGAAAAAGUUCAAUUGACUCGAGAGAAAAUAAAUCAUGACAAUGAUCCAAGAAAAGAGAAAAUAAAUAAUUUAUACGAUACAAUUGGAGCGGGAAUUGAAGCAUUCAAAAACUAUUUAAAUUUAGGUUGGAAUUUUAAUUCAUUGAAAGAACGUUUAGCAAUGGAUAUAGCUAGAUGUACGAUAAACGUAUUGAAUUUAUUAUACGAUGAAAAAGACGAACGUGUAACAAAAACGAAACAUAGUUGUGCCAUUGUAUUGUUUACACUAGCGAUGCCAAAUGAAUCAAAUCCCACAAACGGUCGAGAUAUAGCAGCAUUUCUGGUUACAUCAGCUCGAAAAUGGUGUCAUAAACGUGAACGUUUUGCUUGUCUAGUUGACGGUUUAGAUAAUACAAUUGACGUUUCUGGUGAUUAUUUGAUGUGUAUUAACGCUAUAUUUGUGACAUUAUCAACCGAACAUCGUUAUCAUCUUAGAAGUGAAUUGUUUCGAUCUGGUUUUAAGAAACGUUUUGAAGAAUUACAAAAGAAAAUUGAUGAAUGCCCUGAUCUAAAAUAUAAAGAAAAUGCAGUAACACAAGUUGAUUUAUUUUAUAAAAAGAUUGAAGAAGAUUAUCAAUCAAUGAAUAUAAAACUUGAUUUAAUUUCGGGAUCUUGGUCAAAUUCUCACUCUUGUUUUGAAUAUUUUUAUCAAUUAGUGCAUGGGACAACAUCAGAACAUAUUUUAUCGAGUAUAUUAAAUCGUUUAAUUUGUAUUAGAGAUGAUCCAGCAGUCAGAUAUGCUUAUCUAAAAUUAAUUGAUGAAUGUAUAACAAAAAUUGUGUUUUCCAAACAGGCACGCGAUCCAGAUUUUGAUACAUGGUCUCUUAGUAGCGAAGCAGAUUCUGGAGUCAGUGAUCCAUCAUCGAUUCGUGCAGAUGGUUCUUUAAGUGAUAUAUCGCAUACAAUGAACACACCGUCAAGCGUUUUAUCAGCUGAACAUGAUGUUAAUAUUGGAUUAUUAAAAGGACGAAUUGAAUAUUUAGAGGAAAAUAAAGAAAAAUUAAAUAAGCUUAUUGAUUUGUUAUUAACAAAUGUCGACGAGGAAACAGCAAAAAAUAUUAAAAAACAAUAUGCCGAUAUAUUCAAAGGUCCUCAUCAGAUAACAAUUCCAACUGAUCUUCAACCAUCAACAAAUAUACCACCACCACCUCCUUUUCCGUUUUUCGAUUCAAGCAAUAUUCCGACAGCACCCUCUUGUCCAUUUUCUGCUUCUUCCAACAUUCCACUUCCUCCUCCAUUCUUCAGUUCGAGUUCAAACGCCCCUCUACCACCGCCGGGAAUGAGCGGCGCUCAAGCACCACCAGGUCCGCCACCGUUGCCCGACUAUUUACCAGCAAAACAUAAAUAUACUGUAGAUGAAGCUAUAAAGAAAGUCAAUUGGAAUAAAGUUAAUCCGCAUUUGAUUAAAAAAGAAUCAUUAUGGGUCAAUAUCGAUGAGACAAAAUAUCAGAAUAAAACUUUUUUUUCGUCAUUAAAAGAAAAUUUUUCAACAAAAUCUGCGGCAUUCAAAGGAUUAAAUACAGAUUUAAGCGAGAAUGAAGCAACAACUAAAAAAACAAAACAGUUUCGUGUACUUGACGCCCGUGCUGGACAAAACUUUGCCAUCAUGUUUAGUCAACUUAAAUCAACUCCACAACAAUUUCGUCAGUGGUUAAUGUCAUGUGAUAGUGACCAUUUAACAAGUGAUUUAUUAGGCCAACUCGACAGAUCAUUACCAACACCAGAAGAGUUGAAAAAAUUACUGGAUUUAAAACAUGAAAUGAAUGAUUUACCAGAUUCGGAACAAUAUUUUUGCGCUAUCAGUGAUAUCAAACGUUUACCGCAACGAAUUAAAACUCUAUUGUUCAAAGCUCGAUAUAAAGAACAAUUAGAAGAAAUAGAAAAGCAUCUCGUAGCUGGACGUCAUGCCUGUGAAACUGUACGAAAAUCACAACGAUUUCAUAAAAUACUUGAACUAAUUUUGACAGUUGGAAACUACAUGAAUUCAAGUGCCAAAUCAUACGAACCUGUUUAUGGUUUUGAUAUCACAUUUCUACCAAGAUUACAUGCAACAAAAGCAAACGAUGGAAAACGAACAUUAUUACAUUUUAUGGCACAAGAGAUUGAAAAGGACCAGCCCGACCUGCUCAAAUUUUUAGAUGAAUUUCAAGGUGUUACUGAAGUUGCAGCCAAAAUCGAUACAAAUGAUUUACAAAAAACAUUACAAGAAAUCAAAUCACGUGUGAAUAAUGCACAGUUAGAUUUGGAUAAUUGUAAAAAAACGCCUCUACAAGAUCCAAAUGAUCGUUUUGUUGAGGCAAUGGAGGUUAAUUUUGUCAAACAUGCUCAUGAUGACGUUGAACGUCUUGAACGAUUGAAUACAAAAAUGGCAAAUGCUUUUCAAGAUUUAUGUGACUUUUUAACAAUGGAUGGGAAGAAAUAUAGUUUGAAUGAAUUUUUUGCAGAUUUAAAAGCAUUUUGUACAAUCUUUUCUACGUGUUUACAAGAAAAUCGUUUAUGUCGUGAACAAGAAGAAAAACUUCGUCGUGCUCAAAUAGCUAAACAGAUCAUUGAAGAGGGCAAAAAACGACAACGAAAUGAAAAUAAAAAUGAACAAAAUACAUUCUUUAAACCGUCAGAUGAAGACGUUAAUGUUGUAUCAAAUUUGCGAUCCGCAUUAAAAGAUACAAAUAUCUUAAAUCCUCAGAGAAGACGGCGACCUGGUAUAGGUAAAUCAAAAACUUCACAAAAUCGUACUUUAAAAUCAAAUGAAAACGUCUUAUCUGAUUUUAAACAAGACGCUGAUUCGAACUCAGAUACACGCACACAAUGA